AAUCGCCAGCCGGCUCUGGAUUGUUGAGUUGUUAACCACCCGGAGCCCCUCUUGGUUUGCUUGAGACUUCCGGAGAGCGGAUCGAAGGUGGAGGAUCGAGGCCAGGAUGUCUCUCCGCUCUGCGCCCUGGCUGCUCCUGGCGUUGGUGGCGGUCGCCCUACGAGGGAGCUGCUUCGGCGCCUCCUCCCACUCCAUGAAGUAUUUCUAUACCUCCAUCUCGGACCCCAGUCAGGGGCAGCAGCCCCACUUUGUCGCUGUGGGGUACGUGGAUGAUCAGCUCUUCAGUUACUAUGACAGCCACAGCCAGAGAUUGCAGCCUCGAGUCUCCUGGAUGGAGAAGGUGGGGAAGGAGGUUCCCCAAUACUGGGACAGAAACUCCCAGAUAGUACGUGGCCAAGAGGAGUCGUUCAGAGUAAGCCUGGAGAACCUGAGGAUUCGCUACAAUCAGAGCGAAGGCCUUCACACAUGGCAGCUGAUGUAUGGCUGUGAGCUCCAGAGAGACAAGACCAAAAGAGGGUUUAGGCAGUUUGGCUACGAAGGGAGGACCUUCAUCACCUUCGACAAGGAGACCCUCACCUGGGUGGCUCCCGUCCCCCAGGCCCAGAUCACCCAGAGGAAAUGGGAUGCUUUUUCAGAAAAUCAGGGACAUAAGUUUUACCUGGAGGAAAUCUGCAUUGAGUGGCCGCCCCUUUUCCCUAGAGUUAAUUCUGGGGGUGCCGUUUCUGCAGAGACCCCAAAGGUGACAGUGAGCAGCCGGACGGAGAUGGAGGAUGGGAUGGAGACGCACAUCUGCCGCGUGGAUGGCUUCUACCCCAGGGAGAUCGAUGCCUCCUGGAGGAGGGAUGGGGAGGUAUGGCUGGAAGAGACCUUCCAUGGGUCUGUGGCCCCCAACGCGGAUGGGACCUACCACUACUGGCUCAGCAUCUGGAUCGAGCCCAAAGAGAGGAGCCUCUAUCGGUGCCACGUGGAGCACGAUGGCCUGCAGGAGCCUCUGGACUUGGAGCUGAAGGAACCAACCAGUUCAAAAUCCAACCUGGGGCUCAUCAUUGGCUGCUUUGUGCUGCCCCUGGCGUGUGUGAUGGCUGGGAUCCUGGUAUUCUUCAAAAAACGUCAAGAUGACUACAAAGCAGCACCAACAAGUGACAAAGGAUCCAGCAGUUCAGACCAGGGGAGCAACCGGAGUGUUUAGCAGCCCCCUUGCAGGGGAGACUCCCAGCAUGAGGGGAGAGGAGAGCAGAUGGGAUCGGACUCCUUCUGAAUUAGGCCGGACUCUCAGGAGGAGCCCUUCAGGCCCUUCCUGCAUGCUGGAGCCUGGAGAGAUUUUUGGGUCUUUCAUCACUUGUGCUGCCCCAGCAGUAUCUAGUUAGUGUAGGAAUUAAGAACUGUCUCCUUUAAGAAACUACCUCAUGGUAAAUGC